AUGGGCUCUUCUAAGCGCAAGAGCCGCCAACUGAGCGAGCAGGCCGAGGAGCCUUUUUACUCUAUCCGCGGUAUUCUCAAGGAGAACAAGACGCAGUAUUUGGUCGACUGGGAAGAUAUCGACGACCAAAAGUUCGAACCUACCUGGGAGCCCAAGCAAAACGUUACCGAAGCCGCGAUUCAGGAAUGGGAAGAGAAGAAGACGCAAAAAGCAUCGGACGAGGAGAGAAAGCGCAAGAGAAAGAGUACAGACCGUCCUUCUUCGUCCCACGAAGUCAUCGAAAUCGAAGAUGAUGACGAGCAGCGACCUGCGAAGCGCACAAUGACUCCUGGUUCAAAAGGCCCCAUGCUGUAUCUUGGAAAGAGGAGGUCGAAUGCUGCCGUUGAAGUCACUCCACCUUCAGCAAAACUGCCCAAGGUUGCAAAGAGGAAGCCAGGAAGACCACGCAAAGAGGUCCCGGACAUACAAUCGAGAAAGGACGGCGAUGAAGAAAUGCCUUCGAAACCCCCUCCACGACCCCGCGGUCGACCUAGAAAGUCGCUACCAGGUCCAGAUGUCGUUCGAAAGGCGCGAGAGCAGGACGAGAAUGGUGAAGACACAGACCAGCAGUCUGCGAGACUUGGUAGGUCAUCAAGGUCAAGUCCUCUUCAGAAGAAGACAAGCCACGCUUCAGAACAACGUCGCAAACGUCCGAAGGUUGUCAAUGUUGAUUUGAGCGAUGACGAUGAUGACGAUGUCCCCCUCAAACGUCUGGUGAAUCGCAAGCGACCCUUGAUUACCGAUUUUUCUGACGACGAAGUACAACAUGUCGGGGAGAGAGCUCAACCAACCUCUGCUAAGAAGAGAGGAAGGCCGAGAAAGGUGCCUCGUCAAGAUAACACUCCAUCAAAGCCCACGACUCCGGCUGCUGCAUCUCGUCCUGAAGAGGUUAGCAUGGCCGAGAUUGAGGACAGUGAGAUGUACGACGCAGCUGCUGCACAACUGCAGCGUGAGACGAGAUCUGCUCGUAAGCAGUCGCCUAGUCGACAGCCAUCAUCGCCUGGACGAGAGCAAUCGCCGGUGUUCAACGAAGAAUUUAGUGAUUUCCGUUCGUCACAGAUUAUCAGCGGCACACAACCAGAGCCACCUCGUCCCGAAAAGAGUAUCAUCAGUCCCGAGGAGCUUACCGACUCUCAGCACUUGGUUGACGCUGCUGCUGCGUCAAGCCUCUCUGCGAAAAACUCUCCUUACGAACCAGGAGCCACUUCUGGAUCUACCUUUGUCAACAGCACGGUUAACAGCUCGUCAAGCGUCCACACACUCCUAAUUCCACUGGCACGUCGUUUUGGUGCCGAUGCUGUGAUCCCUGACUCACAGAGUCAUCUCGACGCAAGCAGUGUGCACAUUUCAGAGCAGAUCGCAGGAGAGCAACAGAUGGACGACCAGAUGGAGACUUUUGAGGACGCUUCCACUGAGAGUCAGGUUGUUGUUGAGCAAGCAGACGCCACCCAACAGGUGACCAACCACGAACAGCCUGUUCCUGAGAGCAGCAUGGUACAGAAACCUGAGGAUGCCCCACAGCCGGAUGUCGCUGCGCCUGCAACUCAAAGCGAACCAUCACUUGAACUAUCAACAAGAAAUAAGAUCGUUGAAGAGGCAGCAUCAAGUCUCAUUGCUCAAGGUAUUGCUGAGCACGUUUCUACACGUUCUCCAUCGCCAGUAUCUCUUGGCGCUGUGCGCUCAAGCUCUACUUCAUCUGCACCACCCACGGAGGCUGCCGAUAAAUCAACUCAAUCGCAGUCGCAGUUGCAAUCGGAGACCCAUCAACAAUUGUCGGCUACAUCUCAAGCACAGGACGAAGUGCAAUCUGAAGCACCUUCAUCUCCUUCUGCACCUAAUCAGGAGUCUGGUCAAAACACAUUGUCCCUUCAGACUCAACCAACCAACCAGCAAAGUCACGUGGAACAAGCCGCUCAGCAGACUUCCUUUCAACUACAUCAACCACCUACUCAGCAGAUCCCACCAUUUGAAUUUGCUCAGAGUUCAGUUGAGGAAGUCGCAACUUCUUCUCUUGGAUUCAACACUCAGAUCCAGCCUGCUCACCAAGCACCUGCUCAUCAACCACCUAUUCAGCACGAGUCUGCUGAGGGGGUAUCAAUACCAUCGAGUCCUAUUGCAUCCCCACCGUCCAAUCUUCCCAACACAAUCGGUGCAUCUGCUCCUUCGCCCAUCAAGAGCACAUCUGAUCCUGAGCUCAGCGGUGUGCACACUCCAACAUCCGAUAUGAGCCCUACCCACCACCCUGACGGCACCCCUAUGACUGUCGUGGAAAAAUUGAAAGCAUCGAAAGCCAAAGUCGCAGCCGACUUUGAAGCUCAAAAACGAGCUGAGGCCGAGAGGGUCGCUCGUGAAAAGGCCGCUCUUGCUGCUUCUACUGCUGGUGCUGCUCCUGCUCCAAGCACUCCCACUCCUUCAAGGGUGGCUGCACCAGUCCUGGAUGUGCGCUCACCCAAGCCUGCAUCUGCAGUUCCGGCCAGACUCAUGUCACCUGCUGUUGGUGAUCGUGAGGCCCGCUCACCCUCAACUGUUCCUCCAGUUGAAAUCAUUCCCGAAGAGACACCCGAAGAAUACUCUCGCUCCGAACGCUACGAGACUCUUUUGCCCGGACAAGGCCCACAGAUCAAUGCUGGGACUUCGCGUCCUUAUCUUUCGCAAGACCUUACUAUGAAUGACGCCUCCGUCGACACCGAGUCUGACAACAACCAGCACUUGGUUUCGUUAGACUUUGGCGUGUCUCAAAAGGACCACUACAAAUGUGCCUUCGAAACUUGCAAGAACAUGAUUGAGGAUUUCACCUUGCAUAAGGUUUGGCCUGCCAACUCUGAUCUUGCUCAACAGGCUCGCGAUUUUGUUGUUCAACUUCACUACAUUGUCAACCACCUCGACCUCAACAAUCCGGGCACGUCUUCAGCUUCUCAAACCAGCCAAUCCCUUCAAGCAGAGUGGGACAUGACCAUGAGUUCAAAGUUCAGAUUCUUGAAGAGCCUUUUGGAUGCGGCUAAGAGUCAAAACCUUCAUAUUGCACUGCUUGUUGAACCUGGCAGGCUUGCUGCUAUUCUCCAAAACUUCUUACAGGGAAUUAGUAUCAUGUACAACGUGAUUGACGGCCAGAACAACGUCAUCAACCACGAAUCAACAGCAACCAUCUUGUUGACCAGCGUCGGGACCAUUGAGACGCCAUCAUCGUUGGAUAUUGACAUGGUUGUUGUCCUCGACGGAAGCAUGUCUAGCGAUACCAUCACACGCACUCAGAAGAUGCUCUCUCAAGACGCACUUGUCCCUACAAUCUCUCUUGUCAUUCCCCUCUCUAUCGAGCACGUAGAGCGUUGCCUUCCAUCUAACCUGUCCGAAGCAGAGCGCCUUCACGUACUUAUCAGCACUGUCACUAAUGAGAGACUGGCCGCUGGCUGGCAGAGCAGAGGUGCCGACACUGAGUUCGAGAGCAAGGCAUCCGACAUCAUCUCUUGGGUUCUCAAUCCGGCUGAGGCGGACUGGCCUUUCUACGGCUUGCCCAACCUGCAAUUGGUUGAAGCACUCUCGAGUCAGUCUGGCUCAGAAGAUGAGCUCAUGGUCAACAACAACGGCAUGUCUAACAAACGCCAGUUGGACAACGAUGAGGCACCUUUGGCUAAGAGAGUCCGCGUUGACAAGUCUCUCCCCUUGACAAUCAACCCUGCCGAUAUGCACAUUACACCAGGCACACUUCCCAUGUCGAACUCGCACGUCAGCGACUCUGUGGCUGCCUCACAGCAUGCCGCUACUCUUCAAGAACUCCACCAGGCCCAGGCGCAGCUACGCGAACUCACCAAGUCCAUGGAGACAUUGCAGUACAACCAUGAAGAGCAGCGUGCUGAAAUGGUCAAGGCUCAGAAGGAGCGCAAUGACGCCUUGCAGAGAGAGGAAAGAUUGAUCACUUCAAACAACGACCUUAGAGCCAAGAAUACUUUGCUUCGCGACGAGGUCUUGGACUUGAAGAAGCAGCUUGAAACCGCCAGAGUCGCCUUGGUCAACCACACGGUUCCUGAGAUUGCUGAGAUUGAGAAAAUCAAGGCCGAGGCUCUUGCCGCUACCGUCGAAAGAGACAGAGAGGCAAAGCGUGCCCAGAUGGCUGAGACACAGCUUGGCUAUGUGACCAGUCAGUAUCAGACUGCUUCGACCGAGAACACCAAGCUCGCUGCUGCCAAUGACCAGCUCACCGCAAGCGUUGCUGAACUCGAAGUCAAGGCAUCCGGCGAACAAGCCAGACUGAAGGAAUUAAACAACAACGCUCUCAACAAUAAGUACAGUGGUGAGAUCAAGAAGUUGCGUCAUGACUUGAGCGAGAGGGAAGGUACCAUGCAGCGCAUGAGUGAGGAGCUCAACCGUCUGCGUGAGCCUCGUGGUCGUGUUGGAACUCGUGCUAGCAGUAUUCCACGCAGCCCUCGUGCCGGCACUCGUGAACCACAGAGUCGUCAGGGCAGUCCUUCAGUUCAGCGCCCUCACCCUCUCAGCAAGAUGAACUAG